AGUUGUGGGAGGGGAAAAGGAAGAGGCGGAGGGGGGCGGGGCCGUCCCAGAAGAUGGCGGAGGCGGGGGAUUUCUGGUAGGUCCUAUUUCAGGGCAAGAUGUGGUUCUGUUGAAACUCCAAUCUGCUUUGAUUCACAGACAAUUCGUUUCAGCUGGGAAGUUUUUUUUUUGGUUGUUUUUUUUUUCCUGCUGGCGUACUGAAUUUAUGAAACCAUGGCAGAAGGAGAGACAGAGUCACCUGGGCCCAAAAAGCAUGGUCCUUACAUCUCAUCUGUAACCAGCUGGAGUGUAAAUUUGAUGAUUCGAGGAGUGGUGCUGUUUUUCAUUGGAGUAUUUCUGGCAUUAGUGUUAAACUUACUUCAGAUUCAGAGGAACGUGACACUUUUCCCACCUGAUGUGAUUGCAAGCAUCUUUUCCUCAGCAUGGUGGGUGCCGCCGUGCUGUGGCACGGCCUCAGCGGUGAUUGGGUUAUUAUACCCCUGCAUUGACAGGCAUCUAGGAGAACCACAUAAAUUUAAAAGAGAGUGGUCCAGUGUAAUGCGGUGCGUAGCCGUCUUUGUUGGUAUAAAUCAUGCCAGUGCUAAAGUGGACUUUGAUAACAACAUACAGUUGUCUCUCACACUGGCUGCUCUCUCCAUUGGACUGUGGUGGACUUUUGAUAGAUCUCGAACUGGUUUUGGCCUCGGAGUAGGAAUUGCUUUCUUGGCAACCUUGGUCACUCAACUGCUCGUCUAUAAUGGUGUUUAUCAAUAUACUUCUCCAGAUUUUCUCUAUGUUCGCUCUUGGUUACCAUGUAUAUUUUUUGCUGGAGGCAUAACAAUGGGAAAUAUUGGUCGACAACUGGCAAUGUAUGAAUGCAAAGUGAUCGCAGAAAAAUCUCAUCAGGAAUGAAGAGGCAAAAAUAUAUUUUUUGUAUAGAAAAACAAGAUGAAAAGGGCAUGUAAAUGAUAGAUAUACCAAUGAAACUACGGACUAUAAAAUUGCCAGGAUGCAGUUUUUACUGUGAUUGUCAUAUAUAUAUAUGUAUAUACAUGUAUAUAUAUACACACACAUAUAUUCCUGCAAUCUGUGAUUGCUUCCUCUGUAAAUCAGCUACAAACCUUGUGUAUUUGACUUAAAUAAUUGUAAGAUAUAUAUGCACUACAUUAAAAAUGUUGAUUAAUAGAUUAAAUUUUUAAAUUAAUUUUUUAAAUAUACCAUAUAUUGUAUCACAAUGUUGAUGUGCCAAAAUAUUCUCUUACUGUCAUGCAGAGUAUAAGAAUGCUUUGAACAAUUAUAAACUUAGUGUAAUAAAAUAAGAAGAAAGCCAAAAAACAAAUGGAAAACUGGUAUAUUCUCUUCCUCUUACUAUUGUUCCUGUUUAUUUUUCUAAUUACAGCAGUUUGAGUUAUGGGCGUCCUAAUGUGUAGUUACUUUCUAUACAGUGGGACAAAAGUAGGUUUACAGUUGUUCAUAUGGAAAAUAAUACAAUAAUUGAUAAAUAAUAAUCUAGGAAUAAACUAUUUCACAUACAACUGUAAACCUACUUUUGCCCAACCCUGUAUUUUAAUGUCAUUUCAGAGAACUUAGGAUUUUUUUAAUAUAUAAUGAAGAUGAACUUCCAUAGUACAUUUUUCAAACCUGUAUUACUGGAGAGAAUCCAAAGAGUAAUUUUCUGUUUUGGCAGAUUUUACUGGCAGUAAAAGUGAUGAGCAGAAAAGGCUAUCAGAAUUAAUUUUUUUUCCUCCAAACCUAAGUGUAUAUGUAAUUAAAAGUAAGGCCAUUGGGGAAUUUACCUAGAAUAAAUGUACGUUAUAGAAAUACAAAAUGCCACAAAGUGUUGAGUAAUAUUAACUGUCAUUCGCAAUAUAGAAUCCUGCUGCUUUUGCACAUGGAACACCUAAGAAAUCCCAAACAGAUCUAAAUGAAGUUUCUUAUUCUUUUGGGUUCAUUCUUAGGUUCCAUAAUCUAUUGGGCUGUAUAAAAUAAACCACUUACUUUGUGCUGGGCCAUUGUCAGAGGAAUGUCAUCUAGGGAAUGGAUGGGCACAUAAUUUCCUAUCUACUCAUAUGCCCAUUAGUGAAUAAUUCAAACCUGUUUAAGAAUGUAUUGAGAUGGCAUAUUAUGCAUGUUAGAAAUCUUGAUAACAGUUUUGUGCAUAUAUAUAUAUUUUUUUUAACACAGCUAGCAUCAUUUAAAUAUGGCUUGAAUAUAUUUCCCUCAAUUUUUAGUUUUGAAAUUAAUGGCAGUUUUCUGAUACACAAGGGUGAAUGAAAUCUUCUGCUUACUCUGCGUUUGUGUGUGUGCGAAUGUGCUGUACUGAGAGAGAGAGAAUGUGUGUAUGUACAUAUAUGGAUGUGCAUGUGCCCAUGCUCUUUUGACAUGUUAACUAGAAAUAAAAAAAAAAAUGGAUAUAAAACCAUUGCUGUCAGACUGAGAUAUUAUAUGCCAAAUUUUAAUAUGCUUUUUACAUUUUAAGGCUGAAAGUGUUAAAAUCCUAAGAGGAUUUGAUAUUGAAUAAAUGUAAACAAUCUUAACUAUAGUGGUGGUUAACAUACUACUAUAAUUUAUUAUUCUAUAUUCCAGAUAAUGUUAUUCAUUUAGAAUAAAAAAAGUAUAUUUUUAGAAUCAACUUUGUAAGCACUAUAAAUCUUUAAUAAGUUAUAAGGUCUAUUAUGUGUUUACUUUGAAAAUUGCUGUUAAAAGCAAGAUGUAUUAAAUACAUAAUUAUAUUCUCGGUUAAGAGUCUUUUUUUCUUUCUUGUGUUAAGUCAUAGAAUAUAGUACUGAGGAUUAAUUUAGUAAAAUUAAGAUGUAUGGUUGAUUUUACUAAGAUAUGAUGAAAGGAAAUUAAGUUUAAUUUUACAGUAAUUGAAUGAUGUCAUUUUGGUGUUCUUAAAUUAUUUUCAAAUCAUCUAGAAAAUAUGAAAAAUAUGACAAAAGUAAAAUUGAUUUGAAAUUUUGAUAAGUAUUUAGAUAAAUUACAUCUUCUUUUUGCAAUAAAAGUAAGUAGUAAACAUUUUUUAACAUUG